CGCCUCUGAGUGACAGCAGCGUGGACUGCUGCCCGCCCGGCUGGACCCGCGGUUGGGCCGCCCCGGCUGUGCUACGCUGAGUAAGAAAAGUCAGCCGAGAGUGUAAUUUUUGGUGACUGGAGUUGAAUUUGCCAGGAAAGCAGUGCAGCGUCGGAGGCCUUGCUUCGGGAAACAUCUCUUUUCUGGCCGCUGUCCAGAGUUUAGACUUGGCAGCAUCAAGGACACAGUAUAAGGUAUUUUGGAGAUCAAAGAUGGGUAGAAAAGACUCUUCCACUACGAAACUUCCUGUUGAUCAGUACAGAAAGCAAAUUGGCAAACAGGAUUAUAAAAAAACCAAACCUAUUUUACGAGCAACCAAAUUAAAAGCGGAAGCAAAGAAAACAGCAAUAGGCAUAAAGGAAGUUGGUCUCAUGCUUGCAGCUCUCCUGGCCCUCCUACUGGCUUUCUAUGCUUUCUUUUAUCUCCGACUGUCCACGAAUAUUGACUCUGAUCUGGACCCAGAUGAAGAUUAGCUGAGCAGCAAUCAAUAAAUGAAGGGAACUAAUUCCGAUAAGAGCAUCCUUGGGGAGAAGUACUUUGACAAUUUUCAAAACUGAAACAUUUUGAAUAUUUUCUUCUUGGUACUGUCAGUUUGCAGAAAUAUCUUUGUACCUCAUGGCAUAAGGUAUCUGGAGACUUUAUCCAGCAAUCCUGAGUCACGUAUGCUACUCAAUACUUUGUAAAUCUUUCAGCUUUGGCAGAUACCCUAUUCAUUGAUAUAGCUGGAUAACACAGUUUUCAUAUGUCUUCCAAAUUUACAUGUAUAACUCAGCCACUUAAACAUCAUUAAAUCUGUUUUAUCCCAUGCAUAUUGUAAGGAAAAGUUUGCAUUGUUAUUUGAAAACGCUUACUCAAAAUCAUAUUCAGAACCUAAGAAUGAGCAGAAAGUAAUGGGAAUUUUUUUGAUAUUUUCAUUUCAUUUUAUUAGUUUUGUUUAUGUGGAUACAGUUAAUUAGUCAUGUGUGUACACAUGUAUUUUGGGUGUGUUCGUGGGUACCCAUGCCUGUUGGGCUCAGGGUUCAACCCUGAAUGUUGCUCUUUUUUUAAAAAAUCUUAUUUUACAUGCCCUUCCCAGAUUUUACAAAGAAGCAUGCUUUCUUUCCAGACAUAUUUGAUAUCAUUAGGGAGACUAUCUGCCCAUGCAUCCGCAGGAAUCUUUUCCUUCCUUGCCAACUGUUAGUGCACAUGUGCUGUGUCAGAGAUAGCACCUGGAUGACAGAAGCUCACAGAGUCACAUAUGCCCCUAAAGAAGAGUUCCUUUCCUCCUGGGCCGUCUGAGCUGGUGGAAACAGAAAGUUCAGCUGAUCUCAGUUUUAAUUAACUUAUUAUUGCAUUAAUAUAAAAUUGGAAUUCUAUAUUAAUUAUGUUGCUCUGGUUGCCUGCAGUAUCAGCUCGCCCUUCUUGUUAGGGAGCUGUGCAGCAAUCUGCUUCUAAUUGCACAGGGUUUCUCACGGUGCAGAAUUAGCAGGAGUGCACCUACGCAAAAGCAUUUUGUUGGGGUGUCUCUUAAAUCUGAGCAUUACAAAGCCUUGUUUUUUAAAUUACAUUUUGUCUCUUGAGAACUAAUUCAUACUCAGUAGAGAAAAAUAAAUGGUAGAAAAAUAUAUGCCACAUGUUGCUUUCAUCUGUACUUUUCUAAAAAUUUUGUGAAUAUCAUUUGUGUUGUAGCAUAGAUACUAUUCAGUAUUUGAUUGGAAGUCAGAGGUUUAAUAAAGUGUUAAAAUACAGAACACAUAAAUCUUAGGAAGUUUUGUGGAUAUAUGUGUACAUAUAUGCAUAUAUGUGUAUGCAUAUACAUAUAUACGUAUAUCUAUAGAAUUGACAUUAGCGUCUAUCUACUAUAAAGAUGUAUAGAAAUGGCUAUUUUGAAAUACGUGCAGAGUUUUAGAGUGUACCUUGACUUUCUGAGAAAUAAAUACAAUUCUAAGAUCAUUUCUAUACUUGCGAGAGGCGGGAAGCUCUGCUAGAUACUCUGGAGUAAGUCUGGCUGUAGAGCAUGGGUUCUAAAAGAACAGACAGUCUUUGUGACUUGUGCAAAAGCUGAGUAUGUCAGUGUAGCAUUUGUUCUGUGGAAUUCAUUUCAUCAGUGUGAAACAGCCUAAGUUUCCAGUAUCCUCACAGAUUAUUUAUGCCAAACAUCUGAGAGCAAAAUUUAGCCAGCGUUAUUUGCUGGAUUCUUCCUCCUGAACCCACAGACUCAAGAAACAGAAGAAGAGUUCUUGUAUACUCACCACAGAGGGCCCAUCCAAGUGGCAUUUUUAGGAAAGGUUGCAGCAUUUUACGCCAUGUGGUAUGUCUGUUCGCGACGUGAGCGGCAAGGGAAUAUCCAAGCUGGCAUUUUGGAUUUGAUGGGCCUUUUACUUUCCUGAGUGACAUGCCACAUGUCAAGAAAUACUGUUUUCUUCCAGUCUCCUCACACUGACGUGAGCAAUUUCAUUUAGUUAUUUCCCUCCCAUAUGGUGCUAAACACAGGCACAUCCAAUGCAGCUUCUUUCUGUUUCUCAGUGGUAAUUGAAGUGAGCGGAUGUGUAACAAUCGUGUAUCAGAUACCUGUCCAGGUUCUAGAGCAGCACAGUUACCAGCACUCGAAAGAGAUGUGUGCCUCCUCGGAAUGCUUGACAAGUGGCUGUUGUGAGAAAAAGCUUCACCAUUCUGUUCUGUUCAUGAGAUUUGCUGUGGAGAGAAAAUGUUGUUUCUGUAAUAAUAAAUACAAGUUGAAAUGUACUGUAAUAAUAAGCAAGUUUCACCACCUGAAUUUCUCCAUGUCCUGUGUCCAUUUGUGUAGCUGGUUGAUUCAUGACAUUCCCAGAAAACAAAUCCCAGACUAAGAGCGUUGAUUUCAGUAAAUAGCAGAUAAAGCAAGAUGAUAAUAUUUUUACAUAAUACUGUUUUCAUAAAAUGCAAAUUUCAUGAACUCAUAUUAACUGGAAACAGCCAUCUCAUGAAUAGAAACACCAGGCUGAACGCCUAGUUUGAACAUUUCAAGACAGAAAGAUGUUGGCUCCCUGCUGUUUCAGAGGACCACACUUUUGAGUAGUAGGUAGCAUUUGUUAUAAAUGUGGGGUUAGAAUCAGGUGUAACGUUUAGGCAUGGCUAUUUCCCCAUAAUAACUUACUCUGCUUAGAGUGAUGGAGAACAAAAUAGAAGACAUUAUAAUGGCCUGUAACUUCAGAAUCCCUUAACGUAUGAUAUGCUGUAAAUUUCCAGCCAGGGCCAGAGAGCUAACCCGUAACCAGUGGAGAGCUGCGAAUGAGGUGCAAAGGUUGUAAUGUCCCAUGCAAGUUUAGAUGAAAUUAAAUUUAUUUGAGGAGAAAAUUGUAAAACUAUCACAUCAUUUAAUAUUUCUUUCUAUAAAAGAAAAGCUACUUUUAGUGAGAAUAUAGGGUGGUCUGCUUUGCGACUGCGAAAUAUACCAAGAGUUUACGAAGACUGAUGACAUACUCUAGCCCCAGCCCAUGAUGGGGAGAUCUUGAGAAUAUGAGUCUGUUUCCUUAUGUCUUUCCAGUGUGUGAUCAUCUACCCAUGAAUUUAAGUGCAUGUAAGAGUUUUGUUUUAGUGUAUUUUAAAUGUC